AUGGGUGCGAAGAAAGAAGGCCUCGGUGCGGGGAGGGAGGAAGAGGAAGACGAGGACAACGUGCCCAUUGCAUUAUCGCGGGGCAAGCUCGCGAAGAGGCGUGAACUGCAUCAUAGAAAGAGUCACGACGAAGACGACGAUGAUGACGACGGGGACUUCCCUAUCCCCUUCCGUUCUAUUGAGAGCAAGGAAAGGCCAGGGCCCCAGAACGGCAGAGGGUCUUUCAGGUUGAAGAAGGAAGGUGAUGAAGAAGAGGUCGAUGAGAAGCCCCCGAAGAAGGUUUGCUCCAUUUUCCCCCUGCCCUGCCCUUUUUUCGUAGUGGCACUCCGUUUUAGGUGCCAAUUUUUCAUGAUUUACGCGCCCAUCUGUGUGUGAAGGAGACGAACGUUAAGAAGAACGAGGGCCCUAAGAGCAGUCCCGUGUCUGCUAGGGUGAAGGAGGAGCAGCCUACUGGGGAAGUAUCGUCUGAAGAUGAGGAUGACGGAAAGGUGGCUUUCUCCUCUAGCUGUCUGGUUCUGAACGACGUCUUUUCCUUGCUAUUUAUUCUUAGCAGCAUGCAUCUCAUUGCCCUUUUAUUGGUUCUAGGACUCGAAGAAGAAGAUAAAGAGAGGCACGGUGAAGACGAAGGUAGAGCAGAACAGCAAGAUCGUCAAGAAGGUGAGCAAGGUCAAAACUGUAGAAGACGGGAAGAAGAAACCGAAGAAUGUGUAUGAUUUUCCGGGGCAGAGGCACGAGCCUCCCGAGGAGGUGCAUUUCUUUGAUCACAACGCCAUUUGGAUGUGUAUUUUCUGUGCAGACUCAGGCUAAAUUGUUCUGUGUUGAUUUGUGAUAUGCAUGAACUUGCAGAGAGACCCAUUGAGGAUUUUCUACGAAACACUGUAUCAGCAGCUGCCUAGCAGCGAAAUGGCGCAGUUCUGGUAUGAACAUUUGACCGCACACUGCUUCUAUGUUAUUUCUCUUCAUCAAUAGCUGAGGUUGUCCCCACUCAUAGCCGAUCGGAAGCUUUUUUUCCCCCUUGUAAUUCAGAAUUGUACUAUUUUUUCACAUUUCUGGGCUUUUUUUGCAUUUAAUUUCUCACUGAAAAUUAAACUCUUAAGGGCUCCAGUUGGAAGCUGUACGCUGAAAAUUAAAAUCCAAAUAGCCAUGUUUUGAAGGAAGUGAUUUGCAGUGAACUUUAUGCAUAUUAUUAUUUCAUUAUUUUUUGGGAAUAAUCUCUGCUGGCUGUUGGAUCAUGAUAAAAACCUCGUUGGUUCAGCGUCAUAUUUGUUUCUAACCCAUCUCCAGACUGUCGUGUUACUUGUAUCUUAUGAGGAUGAGUGAUGAUCAUGAUAUCUAGAAAAAUAAUAAAAUCUUAAAGAUGCAGUUAAGGUAAUUAGAGAGAUGUAGGAAGGACAUCAACCGAUCGAAGAGAAUUCGAUGAAUGGAAUCACAUGUCAAGUUAAAUUAAAAGAGAGAGAAUAGGUGAUGCCCAUACCCAUUGGGGUUAUGACCCCUUAAAUGCUUCAUCUUUAAGGAGGCACCUGAAUAAAGCCGGAACAAGAUACCAUACCAGUGGUGGCCCUUUGCCGAAAGGCUAGGACAGAAGUAACGGGCAGUUCGAGCAACGGGGAUAUUUAGUAUCAACCCAAUAGCAAGAGAAGGCAUUGCCAUGUAAUGAGGAGAGAGGUGGGAGUGAAAUGGACGUUUUUGAGGAUCUGUGAAGAAUGAAAAUAAGUAAAUAUUAUAAGAGCUAGAAUUUUUUUUUGUCCAGAUGAUGGUGAGCGGGGCUGUAAAUGAAAUCAGAGGUACAACCAAGAAAUGAGUCGAGGAGAAAUCGAAUUUAUUACCUUGGAAGAUUAUCUCAAUCUCUAGGUGGAAAGCGUUCAUGGAAUCGUUAUGUGCCUCGGCUGAGGGAGUUCCAGAAUGUGAGUCAUUUUUGUCGCCCAUUUGAUGGAAAUCGGGUGAAUGAAAGAGGUUUAUUUUCUGGAAUCGUAUGCCUUCUUCGGAGAUUGCAGAGGUGAGUGCCAGAGUUCUCCGAAGCAUGUCGCUCUCUCGUGGGUCCAUGUGAAUGGGUCUUGGUGAGUAGUGAUUAAGGAGAUCGCAGAGGUGGUCGGUCAGUUUACAGGGAGGGAGAGAACAGGGAGAAGGCCCACCGCAUUCUUCCUCAUAUGGCUUCUAGGAUGUGGGCUGUGUCUUCCAUUGAAGUCAGCGUCGUAAUUUUCUUCUGCUCGCAGGAUGAUGGAGUACGGCUUGCUCCCUCCUGAGGCCGCACACAAGAUUUAUGAGAAGAAGUUGAGGAAGAACCAUCACAGCAAGCAGAGCUCGCCCGUCAAAGUUCCGCCGUCUGAGCAGACGGUAGAUUCCGCGAAGAAAGCGAAGUAUGUCUCGGCGGGGAAGACGGCGUCGAGGACGGCCGUUAAAAGGAAGGUCGACGACGCGUCUUCCGAUGACGACGACUUCAUCUCUUCGAGGAAGAAGCCCAAGAAGCAGAAGCUCGCCGGCUGA